CCUUUAAAUUUGUAACACGGUGACAAAACUUUUUGACGAUAAGCCUUUGCAUAAAAAGGGGGUUUCUGAGAAAUUAAAGCUGAGUGCAUAAAUAUAUACAGAUAACUCCAUUGACUAAGCACAUAGUUCUUAUCGUGAUUGUACAACAAAUGAGCAACAAUGGCAGAAUUUCAUCAUAUCCCCACGUAUAAAUGUUGAGAGACAGCCGGCGUAGGCAAGUAAUACCUCAUCGACAUCCAACCCAUUCACGAUGAGAGCUCUUCUGGCCAUCUGUAUCCUGGCACUGGCCACUCCAGCUGUCCUCUGUCGCACCAUGGACCGUUGCUCGUUGGCCCGCGAGAUGUCCAAUCUGGGCGUUCCUCGUGACCAGUUGGCCAAGUGGACGUGCAUUGCCGAGCAUGAGAGCUCCUACCGCACCGGAGUGGUGGGUCCUCCCAACUCCGAUGGAUCCAACGACUAUGGAAUCUUCCAGAUCAACGACCUCUACUGGUGCCAGCCGCCCAGUGGCAAGUUCUCCCACAACGGCUGCGGUCUGAGUUGCAGCGCCCUGUUGACCUAUGACAUCACUGACUCCGUGAGAUGUGCCCAGAAGGUUCUCAGUCAGCAGGGAUGGUCCGCCUGGUCCACCUGGCACUUCUGCAGUGGAGCCCUGCCCCCGAUCGAUGAUUGCUUCAAGUAGAUCAUUCUGAUAAUGCCUGGUAGUCUAUUAACCUGGACAUUGAAAUUUGCAUUUGCCUUAACAAUUAAUGAACACUUGUAUAGCCUUGCACAAUAUUUUCAUUAUAGUCUGUAACGUUGAUUCAUAAUAGACAUAUAUAAAUUAUAUGCCAGGUUGGUGUGAAUGUCAUCUAUACAAUUAAAGAUAACCAAGAAGUGAGCGGCCUACUUAAACAAA